AUGUCGUCGCAGCUGAUGGCCUUACUCAAUGGAUCGUCAGAUCUACGGCACUAUCUGGAGCGCUCGCAUGGCAUUACGGCACCUUUGGUUCAAUACCUGGCACACAUCACGUUCCUCGCAGAAUCACAAUCCGACUUCUCGAUGGAGGAGUUGGAUCGUCUCGAGUUGCAGCUUUAUCUCAAUUUUCCGAGCUUGUCCACGCCUGAUGCCCCUGGGUCAAUCAUCAUUCAACACGCCCUCAAUUCUUUCUACUACGCUACUAUCAUCUAUUUCCGACGAACUCUGCGUCAAGCGCCACUCUGCGAGAUCCAAGAUCUGGUUGAGAAAGCCAUUCAAGAGUUGGAGGCUAUUGACUUGUUAAGCAACGACAAAGGAGGCUGUCCCUAUAAUUGGGCCAGUUUCGUCGUCGCUGCUGAAUGUGAACGGGAUGAUCUUCAAGCCCGGAUGCUAGCCUCAUUCGACCGAAAGAGUCGCCAUGGCAUUCAAAACAUCAACAUCCUGGGCGAGAUUGUACGAGAGCUCUGGCAGCGACGUGCAUUGGCUCCGGAAAAGGAUAUCCAUUGGCAAGAGAUUGCUAAACAAGCAGACUUUGACAUUAUGCUCGUAUAG